UAAACUGUGACAGUCCUGCGCUCUAUCGUGAAAAUGGCGCUGCGAAUUCUGCACCGUUUUAGUAUAAGUAACCACUAUAACUGGGAAUGACAAUUUUAGAAAUAGAUAAAUAAAUAAUUCUAUAAUGUUUGUGAGAGUUCCUCCGUAAUUAACCACUAUGAUCGUUAAAUAUGGUGUAUAUGUGUGUAUAUUAAUUAUGAGCGCUUUCGAGAUGCUUUACGCAUACGCAGGGGAGUUAACAGAUAGUGAGCACCGUACUAAGGCCGCAACCGAAAAGUUGCCCACACUUGUUUGCUACAGAUGCAAUACUAUGACUGAUAACGAGAAAUGCCUAGAUCUCCAUAACAAUUCAACUUCUUUUCAUGCCAAUUGUAGCGAUGACAGCAGGAUAUGUCAGGUCAAGAGGAUAUCAAUGACAACAAUUACAAAAACUGGAGAGGUCACGGGAACUCCAAAAUUGUGGAUGUUGCAAAGGAACUGUACCGGUACUUGUGAUCCAGGCUGUAUCAUCAUUGGAGAGAGAACAAAACUUUACUCGUGUACCACGUGUUGCGAAGAAUCAUACUGCAAUCACGGCAACAGUGCGAGUAGUUUUUACAUCGAACAUUUUCAAGUACUAUUAUACCAUCUCUAUACUGUCCUUCUAAUGCUAAUUGUCAAAUCAUGAUCAUUAUAUUAAUCAGCUGUGAAGAAUCUGAUUAGGCAAUCCUGCCCAUAUUGUUACCUAUAUCACAUUUUGGCAAUUAAUUGUAUUUUCUAAUCUUUAAAUUUGCAAUGCAAUGUAUUGGCGAUAAACGUUGCAUUACCUACCUACUUCAUUUUGAGAUAUUGACACGAUAGAGGUCUUUUGUACCUAAAUGGUUUUUACAUUUGAUUUCAUGUUAUGUCUUCCUAUUUGAACCUGUCAAUGCAGCUAUGUGUUUUUGUAAUAAAUAUGUACA